ACGAAGAAGAAGAAGGAGCAGCACAACACAGCAACGAUUCAGUUUUGCGGCGUUUUUCUAAUCAGUCCAUCAUGUCCGGCUCUUCCAGCACGCUCCAGUUUUGCUUUCCCACCCACGGUGACGCCAUCCUGUGCAAGAUGCAAGCUCUGAGGGAGGAGCGUCGUUUCUGUGAUGUCACCCUCGUCCUCGGUGCCUUGCAGGGCCCCGCCACACAGCUCCACUAUUUCCACGGUCACAGGGUGGUGCUGGCGGCAUCCUCGGACUUCCUGCGGGAUCAGUUCCUUCUUCACGAGGGCCAGUCACAGCUGAGUGUGCACGUAGUGCCCAGUGUGGAAAUCGGAAAGAGGCUCCUGCUCUCCUGCUACACCGGCCUCCUGGAGGUGCCUCUGAGAGAGCUGGUGAGCUACCUUACUACAGCCAGUGCACUGCAGAUGAGCCAGGUGGUGGAGAAAUGUGCUCAGGCUGUCUCCCAGUACCUCAGUCCCACCCUGGCUUUUUUAAAAGUGGAAAAUCCUUUGAGCAGUGAUGAAAAGAGAAGGAAAUCCAACCAGAAACACAGCGAGUCGUCAGCUAUUUGUUGCAAGGAGGAAGAGGACAGUGAUGCAGCACAACCCAGCACCAGCAGCCUGGAUGGAGGAGCAGAAGGGCUUCAGCUUCACUUGAGGCUCAGUAAAGGAACAAAGGAGGGCAGUCGGGAUGUGUGGGAGGUCACAGAGGACAGGAAGGUAGUUAGAAGUAGCUUAGACUUAUCUGAAGAUGGUCUCUGUUUGCUUGACACCUUAGAAUCUGAGGAAGACGGUGGCAUCCAGCCCACCAACAACCCAACCUACAGAGUCCAGCCCGACACAGACACCCACAAACACAAACCAAGGCCAUCGACGACUUUUCAAAAUCACAUAUCGUCCACCAGAAGAAGUCCUGCUCUUCAUGCAGAGUUGGUGGACAGCUCCCAGAACCAGGACGAAGAGGAGAGGGAAAGGUCAAGAGACGAUGAGGAAAUGUGUGACCUGGCUGCUCGUCUGCAAGAUGUCGGCGAGUCCACAGACUCCCGCCUGCUUUGUCAGAGGCCGUAUCUGUGCAGGAGGUGUGACCGAAUCUUCCAGCACCUGGAGAGCUACGUGAGCCACCUGAAGGAGCACAGGCAGUACCUGUGUUUGGUCUGCGGGAAAAGCUUCUCGCAGAAGAGCAACCUGACCCGCCACAUACGCGUCCACACCGGGGUUAAGCCAUUCCUGUGCCCGCUGUGCCACAAGACGUUUUCCCAGAAGGCCUCUCUGCAGGACCAUCUCAACCUGCACACAGGGGACAAACCCCACAAAUGCAACUAUUGCGCCGUGCACUUUGCGCACAAGCCGGGCCUGAGGCGGCACCUGAGAGAGAUCCACGGGAAGACCAGCCUGCAAAACGUGCUCGAGGAAACUGUGGACUGAAGCCGGAGCUGCUCUUAGUUCACGUGUUGUGACUUUGGAAGCAUGUUUCAAGUAUAUAUUACAGUGAUGUGAAAACUCAAAGUGCACGUUUGAGUUAAUUCUAGCAUCAUUCUGUGGCUUCUGCAGUAUUUUUCAUGUGGGUGCAGAACAUGUUACUCCUGUUGCACAUAUUGUACAAAUUAAACAGACACUGGUGUGGCUUUGGACAAAAUUUUGAUACCAGCGGGAGAUUCUGCACUUUAUGGCUGCUAUGGAUUGUAUUUAUGAAAUGAGGCAAAUGCUUCACGCUGUGCUUGGCUCGCUAUCUCACCCGCCCCAAGCAGAUUUUUGCACUGGGUGUAUAGUUAAAACUUUGGUGUCAUUUUAUUCAGAACGUACCAAAGUAUUUGCCUUCUGUGUUACGUUACCAUAAGUAUUAAUACAGAUAUUCAGCUAUGAGUCUUAACAUUCUCUUAAAACUACAGUGUGUAGGAUUUAGUGUCAUCUAGUGGUGAGAUUGCCUAUUACAAUGUACCAUCGCCGGUCACGAUCUUGUUUCUCUUCAUGUUUUCGCUUCUGUAGUUGAUGGAUAUUCAUGCUCUCUUGUCUUCUGGUGUGAUGUUUAAUAUACAUGAGCCUCUAAUUCAUACAAAUGAGAGUUCUGAAACUCGUCAGCCUCCAUAACCAAGCAGACAUUCUGAAAUGAAAGUGCAUCCAUUUGUUGUUGCAGCUUUCAAUACAUUAAAGAACAGAUUGGUUAUGAAUGCUAUAUUCCAUUUCUACUCAUAAAUGCCCCUAAAUCCUACACACUGUAGCUUUAAGUAUAUCUCUUGUACAUGUGACGAUAAAUAUAUUAGAUUGCUUUCCUGUUACUGAAGUACAAUAAGGGCAGCGGAGGGACCCAGGGUAUACACGGAGAAGAAUGCUGAGGAUGGUGGCCAAGGAGGAGGUUUGUAGAUGUAGGGAGGGAGGACAUGCAGGUGGUUUGUGUGACAGAAGAUGACGCAGAGAACAGGGUGAGAUGGCACUGGAUGAUCUGCUGUUGCAACCCCUAACAGGAACAACCAAAAGAACGAGAGUCUAAUUUGGUCAGUUGGUGUUUGAGGAUUUUAAGCUCCAAAUCUGAUCUUUAGGUCCCAUUCUACUCCUCCCUAAAUAGUGUGACUAAUGGGUGAAUUUUAUUGUUUUUGACUGUCACCUUGGGAACGCUACAUCCUUCCUUAAAUACCUCACAAAUGACUGAACAAAGUCAAUUUUUCAUGACUUUGAAUAUUAUUAUGAAGAUGAAUU